AUGUCUGACGACGCAUCAUCUUCAGUGACCGGGUUUAAGUGCUCCCGCUGUAGCAAGACGUACAAGCGACGAGAACAUCUCCAGCGCCACGCUGCAUCCCACAGCAGCCUCCGACCUCACAGGUGUAGCUUCUGUGGGCAAUCAUACCAACGAGCGGAUGUUCUCAAACGACAUGCUCUAUCCUGUGAGACCAAAGCCAGGACUGGAGAAGUACCGUCAAGCAGCCGACGAGCAUGCGACCUCUGCGUUCAGCAGAAGAAGGCCUGUAGCACUGGCCUACCAUGCCAACAUUGCCGCCGGAAGUCAGUUCAGUGCAUUUACUCCUAUGGUAAUGGUGCAGCGACAGAAAGAAACCUGCCCAUGGGUCAAGAUUCCAUAGGCCAAGAUGGCAAGCAAUAUGGGGACGAAACCAGCCUGCCAACAGUGGUAUUUGGAGAUGACACUCUAUUCGAUUAUCUCGGCAACUCUACUUCAGUUUCUGAUAUGCUCCAAGGAUCAGAUAAUAGCCAAGACUGGUUGGACUUCAUCAGCCUUGCUGCCGGUCAUUUUCAGGUAAUACCCAGCAGUCCCCAAACACACCUAGACAACUACACCUUUCAUUUUCUCGACAAUUUCACGAGAAAAUCUGGGCUCGUGGACUCAUUUGACUGCGGGACAGUUGAACAGCGAGUGCAGGUUGAGGCAUCUCACACAUCAGUUGAAGGCCGUGUAACACGGACUACUGAGCUGGACCAAAUUGUACAUCUCAAUGGCUCAUCGAUGAAUCCUCCACGAGCGCAACCACUAGAUAUCCAUGACCCUCUCAUCAUCCAAACUCACCGAAUACUUCUAGACAUCAAAGAAGUCGUUACAGUCAAACCUCGAAACAGUGUCGUUGAGCUGGAAUGGUCGACUGUUCUAGAACAGUCGUGUAUCCAAUUCUUUUCUCCGCAUAAUUUACGGAAACAUCUUGCACUCUUCUGGCAUAUAUGGCACCCUAACGUCAACUUUGUGCACCGGCCUACUUUUGAUCCAGCGACCUCAAAGUCAACUCUUGUGGCUUGCAUGGCAUUGAUAGGGGCAAGUGUGUCGCCUAGCAAGAAUGAUAAUGAACAAGCCAAGAUCUGGUUCAACUGUGUUGAAGAAAUCGUCUUUACUGAUGACGACUUUUGCAACGAUCCUCUGAACAACCAGGACACUGUGUUGCUCAGUCCAAUUCAAAACAUAUCCAAGAUCCAAGCCCUGCAAGCAGCGUACAUGGUUUGCCUCUACCAGGGUUGGGAGGGGACAGAAGCUAAUAAACGACGGAUCCGUCGUUACCGGUUCAGUACUGUCAUAUCCAUGGCAAGAGACUUCGGUAUUAUGUCUGCCAGGCACCCGGAUUACUCCAUGUGCCUACAUGACAGGUUUGACUGGAGAGACUUUGCUGCACGAGAGCAACUUAUACGUAUGUUUCUCUGGAUCUAUCUUCUGGAUCACGCAUUCGUAAUCUUCAAUAAUCUGCCGCCGAGGAUGGUCAUCAAAGAAAUGAGCAUGCACAUGGCAUUUCCUGAAGCAGCCUUCCAAGCAAGCACAUCAACAGAAUGCGCUCGAGAGCUACAGAACUGGCACUUGCGGUCUUCGCUGUUGCAUAACAUAACCUUUCGCGAGGUUGUUGAGAGAUUCUGUGGAAAGCCUUUCUCGAAUGACAUGCGACGACUCUUUGCUGAUCUUGGACCCCUCAACCUUUUUGCAGUUGUAUCAGCCUUCCAUGCACUGAUAUUUCAGCACCAAAAUUCUUUUGGUGGGCAUGAUCAACUACAGGCAGUUCGCAACGCUCUCGAAAAUUGGAAAUCAGCUUGGGAAACAUACUCUGAUGAAUUCUCAUUUUCACCGCCGCAUGUUAUGGUGGACAGACAGAACGUGGCGACGGAGAAUCUCUGGAGGAGAGUAGGUUUUAUGCGCCAUUCUCCGGAAUAUUGGCUCCUGGGGAAACUGCUAGUUGAUCGCCUUUCCACGUCAAAUGAUUCAUUGGGAACCCCCGAGUCUCCGGUGCCUGAUGCGAGCGGUUCAGCACAUGAACCGAUUCUAACAAGAUAUGAUCAGACGAGUAUGCUUCAAGUGAAUGACUUGAUCACAGGGUUUCAGAAUAUCGCCAUUCCGCCCCCCACAUCGUCUCCGACCGGCAUCUUUCAGCGGCAAGUAUCCUCGGAAGAGUGCUGUAACCCCCGCAAUUUUGAAACAACAACUGCACUCAUCGCACCAGCCUUGGAUGGCAGUUUUGAGCUAAAGGAAGUCCAUUUGGACUCUCUGCAACCAGAUGAAGCCCUCAUAGAGAUUCACGCCUCUGGUGUCUGCCAUACUGAUCUUUCCUGUGCAAGUGGGAAAUUGCCAUGCGCACCAAACGCCGUUCUUGGCCAUGAAGGAGGAGGCGUUGUUCUCGAGAUAGGCGCAAAUGUCACCUCCGUCUCACCGGGCGACAAAGUCCUUCUAUCCUUCUCAUCAUGUGGUUCGUGUCCUGGAUGCAAAUCAGACCACCCAGCGUAUUGCUACAGCUUCAACGAUUACAACUUCAGUGGUAAACGCCCAGACGGGUCAGCUGCCAUGUCGGUCAUGGAAGAUGGGAAGAAGCUACCAUGUUACAGCACCUUCUUCGGCCAAAGCUCCUUUGCGGCGCGAACAAUUGUUCAUCGAUCGAGUAUUGUCAAGGUCCCUCAACAAACACCACUGGACCUCUUUGCGCCACUAGGAUGCGGUAUACAGACAGGCGUUGGUGCUGUGUUCAACACCCUAGACGUCAAGCCUGGUAGCUCCAUCGCGAUUUUCGGCGUAGGCUCUGUUGGCUUGGCCGCUGUGAUGGCGGCAAAGGUCCGAAAGGCCAGCAGGAUUAUCGCCAUCGACCUGCAGCCAGAGCGACUAAAACUUGCCAAAGAACUAGGUGCCACGGAUGGAGUGCUUGGCCCUGAUCAGGAGUACAUCGUCAAGGUGAUAAAGGACAUAUGUCCCCCUCUUGGUGUCGACUUUGCAGUUGACUGCACUGGCGUCCCUUCCAUCAUCGAAACUAUGGUCGCUUCGUUGGGCAUGAGGGGCAGAGCCGCUACGGUUGGCGCACCUGGAGGCAACGCGCAUGCUAAGAUAGACAUCAUGAGUCAUCUCACGUACGGCAAAGAGUACGUGGGUUGCUCUGAGGGUGACAGUAAUCCUGGGGUUCUGAUCCCUGAGCUCAUCGAGAUGCAUGCCAAGGGUCUUCUACCACUGGAGAAGAUGAUAGCGUACUAUGAUAUCAAGGACUACGAGAAAGCCAUGGCCGAUAUGAAGAGUGGCAAAGUCAUUAAGCCAGUCUUGAAAUGGACUGGAUAG